AUAUUAACUCAUAAUAAUACAAAAUAAGUAUAUAAAUCAUUUAGGCAUUGAACUGAGUAGGAAGAAAAAAAUGGCUCCAAGAAUUUGGGCUAGGAGUAAGGAUGGUAGCAUUCUCUACAUGUCGUUGACUACAGAAUACAUAGAAGGAGCCAUUAAGGUAUUAGAAAAGGGGUUUUAUCCUAGAGAAAGUAUUUGCAGAGCAAUAAACUUAGCUAGUGACAAAAAAGCUGUAGCAGAACUGAACAAACUUUGUUUGUGUGUGGCUGAAGAUGGUGUGUCAGUUAUUGCAGUUGAGAAAAAUACCAACACAGUAUGUGCUGUUGCAAUAAACAAGUUGCAGGUUCCAGGCAACCCUGAAGACGACUCCUUCUUUGCUGAAUUCUCCAAGUCAUGUGAGAGUCCCCUGUCACGAAGAUUGAUCCAGUUCAUGUAUGAAGCUGACGCCAGCUGCGAUCUGUUCGAGCACUGCAAAGUGGACUGUUUGUUGGAGCUGAUGUUCUUAGCAACCCUUCCAGAAUUUGGACGCAGAGGCAUCGGUUUCACGAUUUGUGAAGUGACGACGGAAGUUGCCAGAAGGUUGUAUCUCGGAGAAAACGUCAAGGAGUCCCUCGAUGGGACAGAGCUGAAGUUAGAGCCAGUGCCAAAACUGGUAGCUGCGCUGUUUACUGCGCCUCAGUCGCAGGCGAUUGGCAGGUCAGCGAGGUGGGAGCUUGCAGCUACGGUAUUCUUCAAGGAUCUCUUUUUCGAUGGAAAGUCGUUUGCUAGUGUUCUGGAAGAAACAAACCGAACCUCAGAAGUGCGAUUCAAAAGGCUCCGGUGAAAGGUUUUCGUUUCACAUGAAAUGCUUCGAAACUGUUGUUUUUGUUACGAUUUUCAUCGAAAUUGUAAAGACAGACUUUCAAAUUGCUUACUGUUAAUUGCUGCUUCUAACAAUCCUAACGAAAUAAAACUAUUCUUUCAGAUGACA